CAGUAGGUGGCAUCAGCUAUCCUCUAGAAAAUAAUGAAUCACUUCUGGAUAAGAGCCAGAUUAUAAUAUUCCUGCACUGCGGUGCCUUUUAUACUCUGAUAUGGCUCCCGUGACGUAGUACAUUGUAGGAGCCCGAACAAUCAGCUUCAGAAAGGAGACUACAGAGUCCACCAACCUUGUGGGUUCACGUAAGAGCACCGAACAGGCGUAGCUGCUGUCGCUCCAAGCACAAGGAACGGAAGAUGUCAGCGCGACCGCUUCCAAUGUUCGCAUUGUUACGAUGGCCGGUGAUAAGCGCGGGAUUUCGCAUUCCCAAAGGUCGGCUGACCACCGUCUUUCCCCUGGGGGCAACGGUGGCUUUUCGCACCAUCCUGUCCGGCAAGAACACCGAGGAGAAGGAUGAUCGGAUUAACAAGACCAUCGAUAAGGACGUCUCCAAGGUGGUGCACAACUUCAACGUGGAGGACCUCGGCUCCAAAGUGGCUUUCUGUCGGUGCUGGAAGUCCAAGAAGUUCCCCUACUGCGACGGGUCCCACGGCUUACACAACCGGAUGACGGGCGACAACGUGGGGCCCCUCAUCAUCAUUAAGAAGGCCUGAGCUCCCCCUGUCCUGCCACACCUCCAACGUGGGGCACGUCAUCAUCAAGAAGAAGGCCUGACCCCUCCCUGUCCUGCCACACCUCCACGUGGGGCCCGUCCUCAUCAAGAAGAAGGCCUGAGCUCCCCCUGUCCUGCCACACCUCCAACGUGGGGCACGUCCUCAUCAAGAAGAAGGCCUGACCCCUCCCUGUCCUGCCACACCUCCAACGUGGGGCACGUCAUCAUCAAGAAGAAGGCCUGACCCCUCCCUGCCCUGCCACACCUUGACUGCCACAGCCUCCACCAAAACGCGUCAGAAAGGUUAAAGGGUUAAGGGAGAGAGGUCUCCCAUGAGCACCGUGUCGCUGGUGCACAUGUUCGUGCCAAAGCUGUCCAUCGCUUACCAUCAGCUCUACUCAACAGCACAGACAAUUCUUGUGUGUUCAUUUUAACUUAAAUGCACUGAUACAAAAAAAAAAAAUUUCACACCCCCCGAGGAACCCGUCCAGUUGGUUGCAAAGUGGAGAGAGCCAGUAUUUCCGGUUUAUCCAAAGCAGGGUAUGUUUGCAUACUCUGUGCGUAGUAAUAUUGCUGAUGAAAUGUAUAUUUUCCUGUGUUAGUUGCCUUUAUUUUGAAUAAAUUAAAUUAAACUCCUUAUUGUGCCAAUA